AUGCAAGCGGGAACGGAGGUGCAAGGGAGAAAGCAGCAGGCUGUGUUGGCACUGCUCCACGCCCCUCCUUCCCCACAGCACCUGCCGCGCCAGCAGCAGUCAGCGGCACAUGCACACCAGCAGCAACAGCAGCAGCAGCAGCAGCAGCAGCAGUCAACGGCACAGGCACACCAGCAGCAGUCAGCGGCACAGGCACAAGGAGCCCCGGAGCAGGCAAGGCAUGUGGCACGUGGGGGGCACGCAGGUGCGGCGCUGCAUGGAGGGGCCACCCCCCACUGCCUCCAUGCUGCCACUGCCCAUUCACCCCCCCCUACUGCCCGGCACCAUGCGCUGCAUGGAGGUGCCACCCCCCACUGCCUGCACGCUGCCGCUGCCCACUCACCCCCCUCAUCUGCCCGCCACUUGUUUCACCCUCCGUAA